AUGCUAAACUUCUUGAAAGAAUUUGAGGCAAAGCUCGGGAUUACAAUUACAUGCUCACAAGAGAUAGAGCCACUUGGAACUGCGGGUCCCAUCGCUUUGGCCCGGGAUAAACUGAUAGACGGUUCUGGUGAACCAUUUUUUGUUGUCAACAGUGAUGUUAUCAGUGAGUACCGAUUCAAAGAGAUUAUUGAGUUCUACAAAACCCAUGGUGGUGAGGCAUCUAUAAUGGUGACCAAGGUGGACGAGCCUUCAAAAUAUGGUGUCAUUGUGUCAUUGUUAUGGACGAGUCCGCGGGACAAGUGGAGAGUUCGUCGAGAAGCCUAA